AUGGUGUCGCCCUCGCCGUCAGAGGUGUUCUUCUAUUCACGAGCUGAUGCCUAUUAUGUGGUGUUGCCGUGUUUUGCUGUUGGUCAACCAGCACCUAACAUUACCUGGUUCAGAAAUGAGAUCGAAGUGGUGACACCAUCCGAUUCGGAGGUUCCAUAUCUUCUUUCCGGUGGAUCGCUUUUGGUUCCAGCAGAUAGCUCGUUGGCUUAUUCAUCUUUUCAUUGCACCGCAAAAAAUCAUCUUGGAGAAGUAAAAGGUACGCCGAUUCUUCUGAAACCGGCGUUUUUGGAUUCAUUUCGUCCACACCGUAGUGCGGUUGUCCCUCUUUACAAUGGUGGUGCGAAACUCGAAUGUGAAGCGCCUAAUCAUCAGCCAAGUUAG